GUCAAACGGCGGGGUCCUUGCGGGUCCUUCCAGCCCUGAGCCGCUCCUCCAGACGCCUGACGGGAACCGAGCGCCGGAGAAAAACACCGAAAUCACCGCCGAAUCGUCGAGAAAGCGACCGGGUCUCCAGAGCGAUGAUGGGCGGAAGGUCGAGCGCGAUAGCCGCGGGGGUGUGCGGGGCUCUGCUGGUCGGCUACUGCAUUUACUUCGACAGGAAGCGGAGGAGUGACCCGAACUUCAAGAACAGGCUCAGAGAACGGAGAAGAAAGCAGAAGUUGGCCAAAGAAAGGGCCGGCCAGGCAAAGCUUCCAGACCUGAAGGACGCUGACGCCGUGCAGAAGUUCUUCCUGGAGGAGAUCCAGCUGGGAGAGGAGCUGCUGGCUCAGGGAGACUAUGAGAAAGGUGUGGACCACCUGACCAACGCCAUCGCGGUGUGUGGACAGCCUCAGCAGCUGCUCCAGGUCCUGCAGCAGACUCUGCCUCCACCUGUCUUCCAGAUGCUGCUCACCAAACUGCCCAGCAUCAGCCAGCGCAUCGUGAGCGCACAGAGUCUGAGUGAAGAUGAUAUAGAGUGAGGAGAAGACCCGACCAAGCAGCCCACCCUCCUCAUCCUCCUCGUCCUUCAUCAUGACACGCCAACACCUCGGCCUCCAUCUUUGGCUGACGUCCAUCACUUCCCAAUAAUCUUUAAGGGAUUUUGUGUUUUUUUCCAUGACAGUUUUUUUUGACCUUAUACGACCCGUUUUUGGGUAUUCCAGAAUCUCAAUCGGACGUCCCCAUCCCUCCAUCACCACCAUCAUCAGCUCCUUCUUCAGGGUGGAGGUACCAGGUUUCCUCCAGCUGUCUUCAUCAUGAUAUCAGUAGUAGAAUGCUGCAGAACCAAGAUGAGAACCGGUCUGCUUGGAUAUCUCCCUAGUAUUUAUUGUUUUGGUAUCAGUCGUCUUUCUGUCAGUCUAGACUUGGAAACACUUUUUAAAAAGUGGUGAAAUGUUUUGUUCAUUUUAAAGAGGAUGGACCUCUUUAAACAAAAUAAAAAAUGUGAACAAAUGACCAAA